AUGAAACAACUCUUUUUAUUUAUUUAUUUAAUAUUUGUUUAUUUAAUUAAUACUUCAUUUUGUCAAGUUUAUCCAAGUGGAGAAAUUAAAGAUAUUCAAGGAAACUGUUUAACUUCUCCAAAUAAUGUGGGUGAAAUAAUCACAAUUGAAAAUUGUUUUGAUUCUCAAUCAACAAAUAAGUCACAACAACAAUGGAUAUUCUCAUUAGGUAAUAAAAACGUACCAACUCUUCAAUCAUUAAAUGGAUUAUGUGCUGAAAUUUCAAAUAAUAAUUUAAUUACAAUUCAAUGUACAACAAUAUAUAAAUCAAGUUCAUUCUUAUCAGUUCGUUAUAUUGAAGGUUCAUUCAUAAUUAAAUCAGUAAUGUCUCAAUCAUGUUUACAAAGUCCUUUUAAAAUUGGUGAAUCACCUUUUUUCACAUAUAAUUGUGAUGCUGAUGAAAAUCAAAAGUUUUUUAUUGAUUUAACUUCUAAAUCAUUUUUAAAGUUUAAUACUGAUUGUACUCUAACCAUUUCUGAUGAUAAUUCAGUUCUUUGGAAAAAUGUUGAUGAACCACCAUCAGUUUGUAAACCUUCUGCUGUCUUAAAAUUACAUAAUGAUGGUAAAUUAUGUAUAUAUAAUCAUGAAAAUAAUCCAGUUUCAAGUUGGUGCUCAGACUCUAAAUCAUUAGGUGGUCGUUAUUACCAUAUGGUUCUUAUGGAAAAAGUAAGAUGGGGAUUAGUUAUUCAAUCAGAAAAUGGUGCAAUGGUAUGGGCAAAAUGGGGUGAAUCAAUUUAUCCAGAUGCAAAUUAUAAUUUAAUUCCUGGUAGCUACUUUGAUGAAAAUUAUGGAAUUAAUACUAAUAAAUAUAUUACAAAUGGAAGAGAUUUUUUAUAUUUUAAUAUAAAAUAUGGAUUACAAUAUUUUAUUGGUAAUCCAAAUAUGCAAGGAAUACCUAAUAGAGCUUGGAGUUCAAUACCAGAACCAAGUUAUGGUGAACGACCUGUUACAUUAACAUUAUAUAUUAAUAAUGAUAAUGUAACUAUUCAAGGAAAAAAAAUAAUAGAAAUAAAAACCCGAGACCUUACUGGAUGGAAACACAUUUUAAUAGAUGUUACAUUAUGGAAUACUCAAAUACCAUUGAAAGGUUGUAAAUUCAUUCAUUUACCAAUUUUAAAUCAAAAUGAUUAUGAUAAUUGGGGUUGGGUAAUUAAAAAUAAAGGUUUAAAGAUUAUAUAUGGUAAUUUUAAUUAUCAACCUACAAAAAUUAGCUCUUCAAAUAAUUUCUUAAUUGGUAGUCCAACCAAUCCAUUAAAUCCAACAAAACAAUUAUAUUCAGAUAUUUUAAAAUUCGAAUUACGUCCUGAUGGUGUUUUAGAAUUUAGAAAUUUAAUUACUGGUGAAUUAUUGUUCCCAUACUCAUAUUCAUCUGUUUUAAUACCAACUAGUGGUAAUGGUACAAAUCAAUGUCCAAAUAGAAAAUAUUUAGGUUAUUGGGAUAAUGAUAAUAAUUUAAGUAUUAAAGUUGUUGGUUGUGAAAAGUAUAGAGAUACUUGUAAUAAAACUGAUUCAAUCCAAUGUAGAAGUAAUCCACAGCUAUGUAAUGAAAAUGAUAAUAACAAAUGUUUUACUUAUUUCACUUUCUUUCCAAAUUGUUACCAAUUUGGUCAAGCAUCAUUAGUAAUUCAAUAUGGACUUCCUGAAAUUAUGUUUAUUAGCUAUGAUAAUAUUUUAGUUUCAAAUUAUUUGUAUUAA